ACCCAUCGAGAGUCGAUCAGUUUGUUCAUUUUUCAAAACUUUUCUCUGGGUUUUCAGUCGGACUGAUUCAGUUUCUCACCAAAUUGCUCCUGGAUGCCAGAAAAGUUGCUCUUUGUUUCCAGUUUUGAUCCUUUGCUGCUGGAAGCUCUCAGCUUUUCUUCUCCAUGUGUUGGAGACAGUCAGGAGAAACGGCGCCACCAGGCCUCCGCUCUCCGUCCUGGUUCUUCUGUUCCAGUCAGUCAUGGUUUCCUUGGACAGAAGUGGUUUCUUUACUUCCCUUUCUUCACCUGCUGCCAUUGUUGAGGAAGCUCUGCACUGGUGGCAACAUGAUUUUAUUGGAGUUUACUACAUGAAAAAUCCCUCAAAGUCCAAACAUGAAUUUCUUUAAAUUCUUCUAAACACGUCUUUGAGUUUAGUUUGUGUUUGAUUUUUGCCAUCUUGCCUUAAAUCAGCUUAUUUGCUCCUGUUUAGAUGUAAAAUCUGGAUUAAAUCACAGUGCAGGGCUGUGCAUGCAGGUCCAGCUCAACCUCAGCAGUCAUCACUCCUCCACCACCGUGCUUGGCUGUUGGUAUCAGACGUUUGUGCCGAAAUGUCCAAAAUACAAACCCGUCGGAUCGUUUCAUGAUUAGCAUUUAGCAUGCUAACAGGCUGUCGUAUAAUCUUGUUUGAUAAUCUGCGGCGGUAAAGCCGGAGCUCCUGCCUCAGCAGGCCGCUGUCUCCAUUAACACGGAGGCUCAGGCUCUUCAGCUGACAUUAGAGAUAAAGUGUAGCAGCGAGGCAGUGAUAUCGCUUCCCGCUGCAGGUGAAACCCAGCCGGCUCUGUGAAGCAUCAUCAACCCACUUGUUGGUGUGGUGGAGCAGAGCCACAGGUGGGCUGAGCGGUUUGGAGCCAUUAACCGCUGAUGCAGCGGGCGCUGAAGGUCUCGUCUGGCGCAGCAGCAAUAAUCAUUAUGGUGAUGGGGGGUAAUUUAUGGAGCUGGUGUGAGAUGCUGGAGUAAAUGCAGGUCUCUGUUACAGCCGAUGUUCCCUCCUCCUCCCUGAUGGCUGUGAUGAAGCCGACUAUGAUCGGCUGGCUUCAUGUUCUCUCUGCACCAAAUUAAAACAUUAAAGGAAACAAACUGCAGCAGGAAUUUAUGUAAAACUGAACAACAGUCAAACUGAAACAUGGCAGAAAUCUGAAUCACUUCCUGAAGCAAAAACAGAUCUGAUCCUGUGGAGGGUGAAAUGUGAUGUCAUUGACACAUGGAGGGCAUCAACAUGGCCGAAUUUAAUGCUUUAGUGUUUUUGAUAUGACAUUUUAUCAUUAGCUGCUGCUACAUGCUGUGUUGGUAGCAUUUAGCAUUAGCUUCUACAAAAUAGCUUGUUGGUAUUCUGUUUUAGCAUUAACUUCUGUUAAAAACCUUGUUAUUCUAACACUAGAAGUGUUUAGGGAUUCAUUAUAUAUCGACAUCAGCGCGGAUGUGACGGUGUUUGGGGUCAGAGUUGGUGGCUGUGGGGUCACCAUGAGCUAACCGCCGCCUUAAAGGGCCGGUGCGGAUCGCAGCUCUGAAUCUGUCAUUUUUCUCCAAUAAAAGCUUCAUAGUUUUCAUCUGGAGGCUUCCUCCAUCUGUUCUUGUUUUAUUGUGGCUCUAAUGUUUUUUGCAAUCAGAUUUUCUCUGCAGGAUCUCAUCAUGCUUCUGCUGUGGAUCUUCAUGCUGCCGGCUGCUUCCUGCACGCUCUCCGGCAGCUCCGUGUUCUGUCCGGACCCAGAGGGCAGCAGCCGAGACGCAGGUCAUGUAAUUGACUGUCUGGGUCUGCGCUUCGUCUGGCUCCACGCCGUCUUCGAUAACUUCCCCUCGCUGCUGAGCUUCGUGUCCAGGCUGCGGUGUGCAUCAGGGCUGUGUCCGCGGGACCUGGAGGACUACGGCUGCUCCUGCAGACAUGUGGCGUCUGGGAACCCGGUGGAUCCUCUGGACACCUGCUGUGCAGCUCACAGGCAGUGCUACCAGAGUGCUGCCCCCUGCAGGCAGCGGCUGCCUCCGCCUCCGUAUAACUUCUCCUGCUCCGCAGAAACCAGCAGCUGCGACGUUGGCGACCCGUGUCAGCAGAGGCUUUGUGGAUGCGACCGAGCCGCCAUCGACUGCUUGACGCGGAGCCGCUGCAACCCGAGUCUGAGGGGCCUGACGGAGGCCGCCUGCUCCGCUGGAAAUGCUACAGAUUGGCUCGGCGGCGCCGUGGCGGAGGCUGACGUCGUCGUCAAUGGAACAGAUGUUCUCACAGCAGCAGAGCAGCUGUCCAACGCCGCCCCGCCGCCCGCAGAACUGGACCGGGCGAUGAUCGGUGCUGUGGAAACCCAAACUGAUCCGGCUGGGCUGGACGGGGAAUUCAUCACCGGACCACCAGAACCAACCGUCCUCCGGACCGGUCCUGAUCAGUGGGAGGAGCAGGCAGCAGAGCUGAAACACCAGAGUUUGAUCUCUAAUGGCCUGGGAGAGGCGGCAGCAGAAGAAGAAGAAGUGGAGUGGGAGGACCAAGCUGAAGAUCAGAUGACCCAGAGUCCUGCACAAAUCAGCCCAACGAGCCCCAGGAGCCCAACGACCCCCAGGAGCCCCGAUCCAGUCCAGUUGGCCCCAAACAGGCCGCCGUCUCCAUGGAGCCCUGCUGGGGUUUAUUAUGGGAUGGAUCAGACAGCAACGCAGAUUCCUGCUGCUGGCGCCGCGCCGUCGGUUCUGACCACAGCAUCCCUGAGGAACACGCUGCUGGACGGAACCGGUGUGGAGCCUCUGUCACCUGCAUCUCCAACCAUCAGCCAGACCAAACCCACAGGAAGCUCAGCGUCAGCUGGGAAAUCUGCACCAAUCACAGCGACGACGACGCCUCUGUGUGAGGAAGAGGAGGAGGAGGAGGAAGGCUCGCAGGAGGAAGACGGGGCGGAGCCAGGUCCGAAGAGGGUGGAGCCAGGUCCGAAGAGGGCGGUGCCGUUCUUCGCCUGGUCUCUGCUGGAGUCCGUCGGUCUGACCGACAUCCAGCUGCCGGGCGGCCGAGAAUGCAGCUCCUCCUUCAGAGUGUACGGCGGCGACGGCCGGAGCCGCAGGGAGCUGCCGGCGCUGGGGGAGAUGCUGCGCUGCCUGACGGGGCGAUGUCCGCACGAGUACGAGAUGUACGGCUGCUACUGCGGACAGGAAGGGGCGGGACUUCCUCUGGACCAGCUGGACAGAUGUUGCUUCUUCCAUCGCUGCUGCCUGAACCAGAUCGGCUCCAUGGGCUGCCGAGCCGACAGGAAGCUCAACGCUCACAUUUCCUGCGAGAGCCGCAACAAACCGCGAUGUCGGGGCGUCACAGUGUGCGACAAACUGCAGUGUGUGUGCGAUAAAACCACAGCAGAGUGCAUGGCUGCAGCGCACUUCAACCACAGCCUGCCGUCGCAGCGCUGCCGCGGCCCGGCGCCGCCCUGCCGCCGGGCCGGCAGGCCCGCAGCGGAACCGGCCCGGUCCAGUGAGGAGAGCAAACCCAGCCGGUCUGAGGAGCCUGAGACGAGUUCUGCUCAGUAUUCAGACAGUGAUCAAAGUUCUGAUGUAAUGAAUGAAGAGACGCCGACUCCGGCCGGACCAUCGAGAGCUGAGACCAAAGAGCUGCAGACGGUCAGCGGGGUUCAGAACCAAGAGCGGCAACCGGCGGAGAGACCGGGAGAGGAGGAGGAGGAGGAAGAAAACUAAACCAACCACAGAAAACGUUGCAACUCAAACACUUGAAUAGAAACAUUUUAUUUGAAUCUCCAACAUCACAUUUCAACACAUUCUGAGACAUUAUCGUAACGCUGAGGCUCUGCUGCAGCUCAGGUUCAGGAAAUGACAUCAUACAAGCCAAUCAUCCAGUGUUUAAGUUCAGGUUAGUGAGUCCAGAACAAAAACACGACAUUUCCUGAACCUGCAGGAAGAGCUGAGCCGUGGCGCCAUCUAGUGGUCAUAAAUCACUGAUCAACAACUCUGAGCGUCAGUGUUUUAUCUUUGAAGGUGAACAGAGACGAGACAUUUCUCUAAAACUGGCACAAGAACACAGACUGCUGCACCACAGACGAAUAAAACGAGAAGGUUUCGCUGUUGCCGUGGAAACGAGCGGCUCCAUCCUGGGCCGUCCCACAGUAAGGAACCAGCUGAACAUAAAAACAUUUCCAUUCGUACCGUUGUGCCGUUUUUGUGCCUCAGAACCGUUUUAAGUGCAAACGGGGGAACCGCGAUCCGUUUGGGUUUGAAAUGACAGAGCUGGUCUCUCCUCCACUCAGCCGCUAAUACUGACAAA